GAGCUCAUUUCAGGAUACAUGGACUUCUUAAGACCUAAAGGAUUAUAAAGGAAACUUACUAGUUGUCAGAUAAAACUUUAUUACGAUAGUAGCAUAGUAAGUAGGCGAGUUGGCCAGUGUAAUUUUUACUUACAGUUUGGGGAAAACUAACAUUCUUGCUCUUUACUGGUGAUAAAAUGUGUGGGGUCUAAUCUUAUUUACUUACUUUGAGAUGGGAGCUCACUGUGUAACACGGCUGACUUUGAACUCAGUAUGUAAAACAGACUGGUUUGAACUGGCAAGGCACAGCCAGCCUCCUGCUCCUGACAGCUAGGAUUAAAGGCGUGCACCACAUCCUGGCUGGGGAUGACAAUUCAAAGCUCAAUGCUUUUAAAGCCCAGCGACAAGGUUUUCCUCCCUGGUUCCCCAUGGCUGUAUUGCCAGCUUUCUUUGACCUUUUCUAUCUCUUACUUUUCUGUGGCUGGUGCCUUAGACCACUCCCUAAAAAUCAUGAUAAAAGCUAAGCAGCUUAUCUAACUCCGUCACCAGGUCACUCUCAUCUGAUUUUAAAUCUCUGCCAAUUAACCUUCAUCUUGACACAUGAUUUUCAUGUUUCCAUGUAUGAAUGGAGAAUAUAGAUAGAGAUGUAAGUAUUUGUGUAUAUACGCAUAUGUAUAGGGAAGAGUAUACAUAUUUUUCUAUAAUUCUAGUAACUAGAAGUGCCUGCAACAUACUAAGUGCUUAAAGUAUUAAGAAAGUUUAUUCAUUAGAACAAAGUGCUGGCUGGGGAUUUAGCUCAGUGGUAGAGCGCUUACCUAGGAAGCACAAGGCCCUGGGUUCGGUCCCCAGCUCCGAAAAAAAGAACCAAAAAAAAAAAAAAAAAAAAAAAAAAAGAACAAAGUGCUGUAGAAGAAUGUUCAUAUAGGCGGCUGGAGAGAUGGCUCAGUGGUUAAGAGCACUGACUGCUCUUCCAGAGGUCCUGAGUUUAAAUCCCAGGAACCACAUGGUGGCUCACAACCAUCUGUAAUGAUAUCUGAUGCCCUCUUCUGGUGUGUCUGAAGACAAACAACUACAGUGUACUUAUAUAUAAUAAAUAAAUCUUUUUUAAAAAAAUUAAAAACAAAAAGAAUGUUCAUAUAGCUAAAAUACUGAGAACCAACCGGUUUCCCUUGAAACAGAAUAGAAAACGAGGGGCCAGUGGUUAGGAGCAUUGGCUGCUCUUCAAGAAGACCCAAGUUCAAUUCCCAGGACUCACAUGGCAGCUCACUCACACAGAUAUGCAUGCAGGGAAAACAUUAAUGCAUAUAACAUAAAAAUAAAUAAAUUAUUAAAAAAAAUAGAAAAUAAAUGGAGUUGUAGCUGGAUGGGAGAGCACCUGGUCAGCAUGCACAUUGUCUGGGAUUGGAUCUACAGCACAUCUUAAAAACAAAAAUAGAAGGGCUGGAGAGAUGGCUCAGCGGUUAAGAGCACCCGACUGCUCUUCCAGAGGUCAUGAGUUCAAUUCCCAGCAACCACAUGGUGGCUCACAACCAUCUGUAAAGAGAUCCGAUGCCCUCUUCUGGUGUAUCUGAAGACAGCUACAGUGUACUUAUAUAUAAUAAAUAAAUAAAUCUUUAAAAAAAAAAACAAAAAAACAAAAAUAGAAGAAAAAAAAGUCAUAUCACUGGAACACCACUAUGCAAAACACCAACAGUGAUAAAUCUUUACAGUAUUACACUAGGGGCCCCUAUUAUGCUUCAGAAGGCUACAGAGCUUGCUGCUCAGCCCCUGACUUGAGUUUGAAACUAAGGAGCAAGAGCAGGCCGUGGUGGUGCAUACCUUUGACCCCAGCACUCAGGAGGCAGAGGUAGGUGGAUCUCUGUGAGUUCAAGGGCAGCAUGGUCCAGGAGAGCCAGGGCUGCAGGGCUGUUACAAAGAGAAACCCUGCUCUAAAACAAAACCAAAACCAAAACAGGGUAAAAAAAAAAAAAAAAAAAAAAAGGAAAGACAAGGCGAGAACCAAGUGUUGUGUUUUAUAAAAAGAAAAAGAGGGGUUGGGGAUUUAGCUCAGUGGUAGAGCUCUUGCCUAGCAAGCACAAGGCCCUGGGUUCGGUCCCCAGCUCCAAAAAAAAAAAAAAAAAAAAAAAAGAAAGACAAGGAGAGAACCAAGUGUUGUGAUGUGGUGGGGGCCCGGUACGGUGUGAGAAGAGGAGGUGUCUCUGAAGACCCAUGCUGAGGCAGUCCUUUCCCCUGAAGUAGCAGUCACACAACAGCUCCUUAGGAACUUCAGAUGUCUCAGCAUGGUUGAGAUGGAGCAGGCAGAGGCCCAGCUCUCCGAGUUGGACCUCCUGGCCAGUAUGUUCCCUGGUGAGAAUGAGCUAAUAGUGAAUGACCAACUGGCCUUAGCAGAGCUCAAAGAUUGUAUUGAGAAGAGGACAAUGGAGGGGCGGUCAUCGAAAGUAUACUUUACGAUUAAUGUGAGCCUGGAUUUCAAUGAGGCAGCAAUGGUGAUGUUUUCUUUGUCUUGCAUUCUUCCCUUUAAAUACCCUACAGUCCUGCCUGAAAUUACAGUGAGAUCAGUAUCGCUGAGUAGAUCCCAGCAGACUCAGCUGAACACAGAUCUGACAGCAUACCUGCAGAAGCACUGUCUGGGAGAGGUCUGUAUCCUGAAUGCCACAGAGUGGGUUAAAGAGCAUGCCUCUGACUACGUCAACAGAGAUGCCUCACCCUCCCCGGCCAGGCAAAGCACAGUCCAGCCUGUGGAUCUCACGUUCACGAGGCUCUGGAUCUACAGCCAUCACAUCUACAACAAAUGCAAAAGACGAAACAUCCUAGAGUGGGCCAGGGAACUGUCCCUGUCCGGGUUUAGCAUGCCUGGGAAACCUGGCGUUGUUUGUGUGGAAGGCCCACAAAGUGCUUGCGAAGAAUUCUGGUCAAGACUCAGAAAACUAAACUGGAAGAGGAUUUUAAUUCGCCAUCGAGAAGACAUUCCUUUUGACAGUACAACCGAGAAAAUGGAGGAACAGAGGAAAUUUUCCAUUUUUGAAGAAAAGGCCUUCAAUGUCCAUGGAGCCAGAGGGAACCACAUGGACUUUGGUCAGCUGUAUCAGUUCUUAAAUGCCAGGGGGUGUGGGGAUGUGUUUCAGAUGUUCUUUGGCGUGGAAGGACAGUGACUGAGCAGAGGGGAAGUCAGAUCUGUUGGCUCUCUGUUCCUCUGUGGACCAUUUCUUCCCUGAAAUUCAAUUUCAGUGCUGUUCUAGAAUGUUCUAGGGUUGAGAUCAUGAGAAGAAAAUAUAGCUGAAGUGUAUCAGUCAGGACAAGCCAUGCCUAGGGGGUAGAGAGAUGGCUCAGCGGUUAAGAGCCUUGGCCGCUCUUCCAGAGGUCAUGAGUUAGGUUCUCAGCAACCACAUGUUAAUGGGAUCCAAUGCCCUCUUCUGGUGUGUCAGCAACAGCAUAAGUCAUAAGAAAACAAAACAAACAAACAUAAAACAUGGCAUGCCUGAGAAAAGAACUGAGUUUCAACUUGUAAACUUUAAAUGACCAGAGAAGGCUGGAGAAUUUAAUAACUCAGCGGUUAAGAGCAUAGACUGUAUCACCAAGGACCUAAGUUCAGUUUUCAGCACCCAUGGUAGGGAGCUCAUAACCUCCUGCGAGGGAGGAUUCAGUGUGUCGGAUGUACUCUGUCAUCAGAGUGCUUGAACAUACACUCGUAAAUAUACUCAUAAAUAUACUCGGGGUAUCAGGUCCCCUGGAGCUGGACUUACAGGAGUUGCCCAUUGUGCGUGCUGGGAACCUCUGCAAGAGCAAUGCACUCUUUUAACCACUGGGCCAUCUGUACCAUUUGGUGGAAAUGUGAGCUGGAUAUGAUGUCACAUACUUGUAAUCCCAGCAUUUGGGAAGUAGAGGCAGGAGGAUUGGAAGUUCAAGGCCAGCUGGGCUAUAUCAUUCUCUGUCCCAAAAAACAAAAACAAAAAAACCCAAAAGUUAUUCAUGCAGAAACUUUUGGAAGACAGAUUGUAUGUAUCAGUAAUUUUGGUGGUUCAACUUGCUAUGCAUUUCCAACACUCUUCUUCUGCCUUUACUGAGGAACCUGGAAAAACUGUCUGCUCAUCCCCCUGGCCUCUGUUGCAGCUACAUUUGGCUGUGGCACAGGAGUGCAGGAUUUCCGGGGAUGAAUUUGGUUCUCUUUUUGCCAAGGACACUGAAGUGAUGUCAGGAGAAAGGACUGAUGGACCAAGAUAUCUCAAUCUCAGAGAGGCCACUGUACAAGAUACCUUGUCAUGUGCGGACCCAAUGUUAAUCCUUGCCUAUCUCCAGACCUUUGAAAUAAAGUGAAAUUUUAAAUUCUC